AUGGUUUCAGACAAGUACAUUGGCUUGACUUUGGCCAUUGUUUCCACACUAGCAAUCGGAACGAGUUUUGUCAUUACUAAAAAGGGGUUAUUACAUGCAUCGGAACGGCACGGUUUCGAAGGCGAGGGGUUUUCAUAUCUCCGGAGUCCAAUAUGGUGGGGGGGAAUAAGCACAUUGGCGGUUGGAGAAGUUGCCAACUUCGCCGCAUACGCAUUUGCGCCAGCAAUUUUGGUCACCCCGUUAGGUGCUCUGAGUGUUUUGAUCGGAGCCGUUUUGGGCUCUUACUUCCUUGAUGAGCGACUAGGAACCCUUGGCAAGCUGGGAUGCGCCAUGUGUCUUCUCGGCUCGGUUGUCAUUGUGCUUCACGCGCCUCCGGAUAAACCCGUGGAAACGAUCGAUGAAAUCCUGAGUUAUGCAUUAACUCCAGGGUUCCUUCUCUAUUGCUUGGCCGUGGCCAUCUUCUCCACAGCCAUGAUCUAUCGCGUUGCGCCGGUACACGGAAAAAAGAACCCGCUUAUCUUCAUUUCCAUUUGCUCAACUGUUGGCUCGGUUUCUGUCAUGUCCAUCAAAGCGUUUGGAAUUGCGUUGAAGCUGACCCUAGGUGGGAACAACCAAUUUACACACGCUUCGACCUAUGUCUUCGCCAUUGUCACGGUUUUCUGCAUUUUGACCCAAAUGAACUACUUUAACAAAGCGUUGACUGAGUUUUCGACGAAUAUCGUUAACCCGUUGUACUACGUGACCUUCACCACGGCGACUCUAUGCGCUUCGUUUAUUCUUUUCAAAGGCUUCAACACCACCGAUGCGGUUAACACCAUCUCGUUGUUGUGCGGUUUCCUAGUGAUCUUCUCCGGCGUAUAUCUCUUGAACCUUUCUCGACAUGACCCAGACGGACGAAAGCUGGUGCCUUUGAAAGAAGACGACGAUGAUGACGGCGUACCCACCGAUGGAAUUGCAAGCUUCUCGACUCGACGUUCGAUGCAAGCGCGCAGGAGCACAGAUCCUCACCGUCGAAGCUCUUCCAGCGCAUAUCUGAAUGGGUCGGGAGACAGGGAAGGCUUAAUGCACUCCUAUGAUGCCGAAAGCGGUGUCAUUGGUCUGACGGAGCUGAGGGAAGACGACGGCGAACCCGGUCCUACACACAAAUAUAGUGAGGACGGUAGUGCGCCGCCAUAUCAGCCCAAAGACGAGCAGCGAUAG